UCCGUUAACUCAAGCUGAAGUCGAGCCUCAAAUAUACUUAGACAAUUCACAUAUUGCCGACCAACGAUGGACAUGGUGACGAAGUUAGGGACGGAGAAGCCGGUGGUGAUAUUCAGCAAAACCAAUUGCGGCAUAUCCCACGCAAUAAGUACACUUAUACGUGGAUUUGGGGCGAACCCUACGGUCCAUGAGCUCGAUGAGCUUCCAAAUGGACAUGAGAUCGAGAAGGCAUUGAUGGCGUUAGGGUGCAAUCCUAGUGUGCCGGCCGUGUUCAUAGGAAAGCAAUUCAUCGGUGGAUCGAAUGAGAUCAUGAGCCUCAAUAUAAGGGGCAAGCUCAAGCCAUUGCUCAUCAAUGCCAAUGCUAUAUGGAUAUAAAUCACAAAA